GCAGUAACUACCGUGUCGUAGCUCCAUGUAAGGCUGUUCAACCGUCUCCGAGACAUACCUACUUCAUAGUUGAAAAAGGAAAACCCUUAUAAGCCCCGAUGCAUGGCACCUUCUCUCCUACAACGAAACUACAAUAAAUUCUUCCUAUUCUCCAUCCUCAUCCUGGCUGCCAGUCUAUUCUCCCCGUCUUUCCUUUCCCGAAGUAUCACCCGUCUCGCUCAAUUGAAGCUCCAUUUCUACCCCUCAUCCACCUCCUCCGCAUCCGUCCCCGCUAUACAGACCCUGCGAACCAACUCCACCCGAGCAUUUUCAAACAUGGCCUACGAGAAGGAACUCGAGAUCGCCUUGCUGGCCGUCCAGCGCGCUACUCUUCUCACAAAAUCCGUCUACUCUUCCCAUUCCAAAGGCACGCUUUCCAAGUCCGAUAGCUCGCCAGUCACGAUCGGAGAUUUCGGCGCACAGGCUCUGAUCAUUGCUUCGAUCAAGCAUGCUUUUCCCGGAGACGAGGUAGUCGGCGAGGAGGAUGCAGAUGACUUGCGCAAGAACGAGCAGGAAAGGCAAUUGGUCUGGGACUUGGUGCAGGCCGCCAAGCUAGACGACUCGACCGCUGAGGACAAGAUUGGUGGUCCGAUCAAGAGCGUGGAUGCGAUGCUUGAGGCACUCGACUCGGGACGCAGCAAUGGCGGUGACAAGGGCAGGAUUUGGGCAUUGGACCCAAUCGAUGGCACAAAGGGUUUCCUGCGUGGAGGACAGUAUGCUGUCUGCUUGGCUCUCAUGGUCGAUGGCGUCCCUACCGUCGGUGUCAUCGGAUGCCCCAACCUUCCCGUUGACGACAAGGCGCCUCUGGAUGUCUCCAUUGGUGCUGACGCCGACGACAAGGAGGGCAAGGGCGUUCUCUUCAGUGCUGUCAAGGGCGAGGGCGCAACGAGCCGACCACUGUCCAGGGGAGCCAUUCAACAAGGGUCUACCAUCACCAUGAAGCCCUUGGAAGAUACCACUCAAGCAACCUUCUGCGAGAGUGUUGAGGCAGGCCACUCAAGUCAUGGCGACAAUGCUGCUAUCGCUUCCAAGCUCGGCAUCACCAAGCCCAGUGUACGUAUGGACUCGCAGGCAAAGUACUGCUCAAUCGCCAGAGGAGCUGGUGAUUUGUACCUCAGGCUCCCCGUCAGCAAGUCAUAUGAGGAGAAGAUCUGGGAUCACGCUGCUGGUGUCGUCCUUGUCCAGGAAGCUGGAGGUGAGGUUACAGAUGCCUGGGGCAAACCCUUGAAUUUCGGUAUCGGACGAACGCUCAAGGAGAACAAAGGUGUUGUGGCAGCACCCAAGGAUGUAUUCCCCAAGGUCAUUGAGGUAGUCAAAGAGGUGUUGAAUGCGAAGGCAUAAAUCCAUAGCUUCACAAAUAGCUAUAGUACUCUUGUUGACAUGCAAUACCUGAAAGACUUGUAUAGAUAUAUGAUUGAAAAAUGGCCAGUAAGAGCCUGUGUCUAGAUAAAUAAGAUAUAAACCCCCCGAGACACAAUCAAAGGGACCUUU